UGGAUACCAGUUUCUAAACUAUGACACUGUAUGAUCUCAAACUGGUUACCAAUCAGCAGGGUCAAGCUUCGGCACUGUCCACAUCUUCCUAUCUCUACGCGCUCUCCCAAGCUACUAUUUUUGGAUGUGAUGCUUCUUACAAGCAAGCAUCAAGCGGAGGCAAUUGCAGGUGCUAUGGUUUCAGACUUUUGAAUCGAAUGAUGUUGCAGAACAGAGAUGGAAGAAGGAUUCAGAAUUCUGGAUAUUUUUUUAGACAUUUUCCUUCCCUUAAGAGAUUUCGUUUAAUUGUGCAAGUGUCACGUUUCAUUGGUUACAGACCCAUCGACGCUUUUGUGCAGUCUCUUAUCUGUUUCUUCUAUUAUUUUGAAAGCCCUUAUAGAAGGUGACACACUACAAGAGUAUUGGAUAUUUUGUUGUUCCUGAGUUCAUUGUAUAUGUACCAAAAGCUUGAAAGCAACAUAAGCUAUUUUUUGUUUCCUCUUUGCACCCAAGCUUAGCAUGAAUAUCCAGGUACAUGAAUACUUCUCAUUAUGUGUGUAUAUUAGUAUAUAGUAGUACCUAGCCAUAUUGAUGUUUCUGUAACAGUAGCAUAUUUUUUUGGUGGGAUAGUAACAUAACAUGUAUUCUUAUACAAUGCUAAGCUGCGAGGAUAGCCACAAUUAUUUCCUUGUAUGAGCAAAAUAAAUGUAAUUUGUUGUUUACUGAUCUUAAUGUUCUUAGUUUACAGGGUUAUUGUUAGUUGAUGGCUAAUUUUGUUGGGUUUCUUGCUUAAAAGUAUCUCAGAGAAGGCAAUUUGGUCAUGUGGACACUCCCCCUAAACCUGACAACAGUUGUUUUUGAGCUAUCAAAGUAAGAUAAUUGGUUGCAGAACAAACUCAUGUCCCGCCCUUCAAUUGUUUCAUUAGCUGUGUUUGGUUGAUAUUAAACUAAGUUUUAAGCGUGGUGAAUACCCAGCCUGCUGAGCCUCUUCCCGCACGAGCUCCGUGGGCCGUUCAAUCCAGAGUAGGAGCUAUCUCUUGGACAUUAGUUUGGGCCCCAUUGCCCCUAGCCGGAGAGCCAGUUGGUU